AUGUCCGAUUCCCUCCAAGAAUCACUUUUCUUUGGAAGCCAACUUGCCAACUGCGCGAAUUUCGAAGAAAUUUUAAAAUGCUUUAUCUGUCUCGGAAGAGUCGUCGACGCAAAAAUGUGUCCAUCAUGUUCAAAACUAUGCUGCUACACUUGUAUAGUGAAAUGGCUAACAGAACAACGCUCUCAGUGCCCUCACUGCCGUUCUCCUUUAAGACCCCAAAACCUUGUAAGCUGCCGUUUCGUCGCUGAAAUUUCUCAAGCUUUAGAAAGCCUCCAAGUGGCCAAGCCAGACCUAAUCGAAAAAUGUUCAGUCCAUUCAGCUCCUUUGAAUUACUUUUGUAUCACCUGUUCUCUUGCUAUUUGUUCAGACUGUGCUAUGUUUGGGCUGGAGCACAAAGGCCAUGAAUUUAAACACCUUUCCCCUAUCUACGACAAACAUGUAGAAAUUAUCAAGCAAGAAGCCCAAGGUCUUAGAAAAAGGCUGAAAGAAUUGACAGUGAUUUUGCACACAAUUGAUCAGAAUAUUGAAAAAGUUAAAAAAAAUCAAGAAACCAAAAGUAAUGAGCUUAUACAAUAUGUAGGGACUAUGAAAGAUAAGCUGGAAAUGCAGCUGCAAGGGAAAUUACAAAAAUUUAAUGAGCAUAGGGAUAUUAUUUGUGAAGAAAUUGAUAAUCUUGAAAAUAUUAAAAAUGAGAUAAGCAAGCAGGUGGAGCAGAGCUGCAAGUCGAAAUUGAUAUCAAAAAGCCCAGAAAUUAUGAAUAUUUUGAAAGAAAUAAAAAAUAAGCCGAUUGUGGAUUUUCAGAAUGAAAAUGUGUCAGUUGAAUUUGUAUCAGAAAUUUCGCCAGCUUAUGAUGCAGGGGUUUUUGAAAUAAAUAACUUUUCUAGGCUUAGGACUACUACGGAAGUGGUUUAUUCGGACCUUUUGCAAGUGUGUGGAAUUUCUUGGAGGCUAAAAGUGUAUCCAAAUGGAAAUGGAGUAGCAAGAAAUCAUUACAUUUCUGUUUUUCUAGAAAUGGUUAAAGGGCUUCAAGAUACUAAUAAUUACGAAUACCGUGUCGAAAUGGUGAACCACGCUGACCCAAACUUGUGUGUGGUCCGAGAAUUUGCUUCAGAUUUUGAGUCUGGCGAAUGCUGGGGCUAUAAUAAAUUUUUCAAAAUUGAUUUGUUAAAAGAAGAAGGCUACCUCAGCAAAAAUGACUCAAUAGUGCUCAGAUACUACGUAAGGCCUCCCACAUAUUUCCAGAAAUGCAAAGAACAAAAACAAUAUAUCGAGUACCUCGAAACAAAUAAAGCCCAACUUCAAGCGAAGCUUGAAGAAUAUCAAAAACUUGAGAACAAAGAGCCAAAACCUUCAGUUUUCAGCUCUUGUGAUAACCCAUUAGAAACUCUUGAAGAAGAGCUGAAAACUGAAAAUCCAGUCGACGAGCAAGCUUUUAAUUGACUGAAAUAUGAGGCAGAUCAAGAAGAGCUUUCCCUUGCUCCCCUCCUCCAUGAGCGAACAAAGCCAUUGAAAAAACCCUUUUUUUUUGGUAAAAAUCCACUCUUCGUUAGCGAACAAUUUUUUAUUUAUAUAGAAUUUUUGUAAAAAAAAUUUCGAUAUAUAAGUGAUAAUUUUAUGAAAUUUCUAAUCAAUUCUAUUUAAUUAAGCAGUUUCAUUUAAAAAACAUAAAUUUUACAAAUUAAAUUAAUUUUUACUACUUCUCAAUUUUUGCGAAUUUGGAUUUUUUGAAAAAAAAUGUUAACUCUCAUGAGCGAACAAAAUUUUUGUGUUCGCUCAACGAGCGAGGUGGGAUAGUGAAAAACUUAAAAAAUUAGCUAAAUUGAGGCAUGAGGAAAAGAAAUAUAGAGAAGAAGAAAUUUCAAAAGAGCAGUCAGUAGCUCCAGCUCAUACAUUGAGCACCGUUAUGCAGAAAUAUAUGAUGAGCCCAGGCGAUAUGAGCUCUGGGUCUGAUACUCCUAGACAAUUGAGGUGGACUGAAGAAACUGAAGUCCAAGAAUUGCAUAGCUGCUCAGAAUUAUUGCCACAGGACUUUUUGGACUCUCCUGGAGAAAACCAGAAUUGGGAGCUGUCAGAUGGACAGUUGACUCCUGACGUGCUGGGGUAAAAUUUAUAUAGAGAAAAUUUCAUGCUUGCUUUUAAUGCUAUACAAAAGGCUUGUCUAGAUUAA